UGCAGGAGUGGCUCAGUCCCUGGCUAACCUUGACAUACAGAGGGAGGGAGGGAGAGAGAAGUGAAGCACAAAUAGGUAUGUGGCACCUCCACACACCUGAGAUAUGAGAAUCACAUUUUUACCGGUUGCCAAAGCCAACUCUGCCAGUUUUGCACAAAAGUAACAACGUCUAACUCAGUGUCUCGUUCUACCUCACGUUUUCUCCAUAUUGAUCUUUGCCCACAAGAGUUGAAGAUACUGUUCAGUGACGAACAAAUCAGACAUCAGACGAAACAGGAGUGACUGAUCCUUCCUGUUGGCUCCAUGGCAGAAAAUAAUUAUAGCUGGUGGAAGUUAACCUUCCUUCGAAAGAAAAAAUCAACUCCAAAGGUAUUGUAUGAACGUCCAGAUAUUUAUGGAGUGGCCAAUGAUGAGAGUCUACAAGAGGGCAUGCCAGCAGAUGGGAGCAGUGGAAGCCGCAAUGAGCAGGAAUUCAAUGCCCGGCUAGAGAAAAUUGUGGACAAAAGCACCAAAGGGAAACAUGUCAAAGUUUCCAAUUCUGGACGCUUCAAAGAAAAGAAGAAAAUCAGGGCUACUUUGCCCGAAAACCCCAAUUUCUUUUCUGAUGGGGAACGGGAAGAAAAGUAAUGGCCAAGUGAAGGAGAUGCUUUUCAUAAGCCCUUUUCUGAGGACAUUUCUCUGCUGAAGAGAAGCUGAUGUUGACAGAUCAGGUUCAUUACAUUUGCUAAUGAAGUUAACGAGGGAGUCCUCGGAAACUCUAGGAUCAGAUCCUGAUUUUCAUGUAAAGUUUCCCCAAAGGAUGAACAUUGUUCUGUUUUGUUUUCCUCUUUUUUAAUUUAAGAAACAAACAAUACAAGAUUUGUAUUAAACACAAGUUUAUGAGGGACUUAUAAAUGAGAAAGGAAAAUUGAGAGGUAGAGAACAUACACAGAAUAGGGAACAUACACAGUACUGCUAAAUUCAGAUAAAUUACCCCUCCUUAGCUACCUUGUUAACCUUUCUAAUCGGAGUAAAUAGAAAAUGUUUGUUUUUGCCUCUCAGGCUGCCCAGCUCUUGGCACACUUGGGCAGCUGCUCUGAUAGGCCUCAUUGGUACUGGUACCUGCUUUCAUCUUCCUACUCUCCUCCCUGCUGAAAGCUUUCUUGCAACAGCAGUUGAAUCUGACCAUCACUGAAAAUUAUCCAAACAUUCACCUUAUAUAGUUGUGUUCUAAAUCACGAUAGAAAAUGUAGAUGGGAAAUGUUUUUUAUAGAUUAAGUUGCUUCUGCUAGGUAAGCUUUGGUCGCCUCUUAGAUACCAAUAACUAAGGCCAAUAAAUCUGAUGUACAUGGAAAGAUUCUACAGCAGUUCAUACAAAUCUUUAUUUUUAAGAAACUUGAAAACUAUCUGCUAAUUACCAGCACUCAGCAUGACCUGUCAAAAACAAACCUUGCCAAAUGAACUUAAGUAAAGGUUUUGUUUAGACAGAAUCCUUAGAUUGAGGGAAUGCUGGAGAUGUAGUUUAAAUUAAUUGCAGAAACAGCACUUUACAAAACAGCCCAUAUUCUGUCUAGCAUGCUACUUGAAUGUGAACAGGAUGGGUGGCUAC